AUGGGUCCAAACGAGCUUCAUAGGAAAAUCACGAAGGUGUGCCUUUUUGCCGGUCUGCUUCUGGUGAACCCAAUUGAUGAAACCUACCUUGAAGGGCAAAUAAAAUAUGAACCCUCCAUCCUUGUUAGUGACAUCUUGUUCCACUAUGAUGAACCUCACACUCCGACAAAAUCACAUCAAUUACUGAGGAGAAAAGAUGUCCCCCCAGUGUUGCGGGCAGUGUCACCUACAUCUCAUAAUACAUUUAGGGAGAGAGAAAUAGCUUAUUUGGCUGCUCGGGACCGUAUUUUUUCAAUGGAUGUGGAUGAGAUGAGAGAACCUGUUAAGGAGAAGCCACAAAAUGUUCUUGUGGUUGCCCAUCGAAUGAUAGCUCAUGCUUUGGGUCAAAACACCAGUCUGCGGAACCAAGGUGCUGCUGUUAGGGAUGGUACUGGACAUGCAGUGAAAACCAAUGAACAGUUUGUUCAAGAAAAGAGCAAAAUUGAACCUAAUUCUAGCUCAAAAGCUUAUCAAGGGAUUGUUUUCGUGCCUGACAAAACUAUCAAUUCGAUCAGUACAACAAAGAGCAAUAAUCAAGGAUCUUGUGCUUCAUCACAAGGUCAGAGGAAUUUGCACCCAGUUUUGGUGGAAAAAAGUGGCACUUGUAAUAUCAACAAAUCUCAGAAUCGACCAAGCACAAAUGGUAUCAAGGACUACUCAAAAGAGGAACACCUGGGAGCUGCAAAGAGGAUGUUUGCUCAUGCACUGGGACGACACUUGGGCGAUCAUACUAGAAACAGUGAUAGAAAGCGAGUUGAUGAGUGA